AUGCCACGAUACAGUCUCAGGUAUGGAAAUCCGUGCAAAACUUGCCAAGGCGAAGACAUUUCUUCAAGAUUUAGCUUUGUCGAGAAGCGCCACCUCUGGGACCGGUGUGGUCAAAGCCUUGGUGCAGCCUUUUCUUACCGGUCUAGUGCCUACCUUGCAAACGCUGCUGUGGGCACCGGCAAGACCCCAACGGAGGCGUCCUCUGCUGGGCUCAGUGCGGCCGGGCUCAGCCGGCCGGCUGCCACCUUCCUCCAGGACAAGACGCUCCUCACUCGAGGGCUGCUGCGAAAUCCGCUCUUCCCCUCGCGGGUCCGCUGGACCCGGAGCGACUCAGCCGCGGGCGGUAGCUUCUUCGUCAAGCCUGGCGGCUGGACCCUGGCCUGGGCCAGGCGCACGCGGGGCUUUCUCCGCCGGACGACGCAGACCCCGGUUGGCAGGACUUCGGCCCGGCAGCCUCGCCGGUGUCUCCAGCGGGCCACUGGGGGCCCAAGAGGGGCCUUCUGCCGCGCGGCCUCCCUCGGAGCAGGAGCAGCCGUCCCCGCCACCCUCGCGCGGCAGGCAGGCCGUCGUCGGGGCCGCGAGGCGACAGGCCUUCGGGAGCGGAGCCCACCCGGCGGGGGGCCUCAGCGGCCACGGCCGCUCCGGCUGAGCCCCGAGGGCGAGCAGGGCUCGGAGGGAGGGCGCGCCUCUUCGCGCGCGCGCGCGCCCGCCCGCCGUUGCCGGGCAACCGUGGCGGCGGUUGAGCCGCUCUCUGCCCGCCCCGCGGAGGCCCGGCGGCGGCGGCGCGGCAUGGUGAGGGGGCGGCCGGGGGGCGCGGCGGGGGGCGCGGGGCGGCGCGGGCGCUGGCUGACGCCUGGCUCUCCCUGCCCGCAGGAUCCGGCGGCGGCGGCGGCGCUGUCGGAGGACGCGGAGCCGGAGGAGCCGCCGGUGCAGCUGAACGUGGGCGGCUGGGCCUUCGCGGUGCCGCGCAGCAAGCUGGCGCAGUUCCCCGAGUCGCUGCUGGGGCAGGCGGCGGCGGCGGCGGCGGGGCGGCUGUUCCUGGACCGCGACGGCUACACCUUCCGGCACGUCCACUACUUCCUGCACACGGCGCGGCUCUCGGGUGGCAGCGGCAACGAGCUGCCCCUGCUGUACGAGCAGGCCGGGCUGCUGCGCCUGGCGCCGCUGCUGCAGAGCCUGGACAACCUGAAGGAGGGCAAGCACAACCUGCGCGUGCGGCCCGCCGACAUCCCCAUCGCCGAGCGCGCCUCGCUCAACUACUGGCGGACGCGCAAGUGCAUCAGCAAGCCCUGCGCCGAGUGUCCGCUCAAGAGCCCGGCCUUCACCGGGCUGCACGAGAAGGCCCCGCUCGGGCUGAUGGACACCCCGCUGCUGGACACGGAGGAGGAGGUCCACUACUGCUUCCUGCCGCUGGAGCUGGUGGAGAAAUACCCCUCCCUGGUCAACGACGACAACCUGCUCUGGCUGUCGGACAACGCGGCGCUCGUCGAGUGCGAGAGCAGCGAGUUCCGCUUCAUCGCUAAUUUUCUUCGCUCAGAGAAGAUUCUUUUGCCUGAUAACUUCUCCAACUUGGAUGCUUUGGAAGCUGAAGCUGAAGCGUUGGGGAUCCCCAAGGUCAUAGAAGCAGUGAAGCUCUUCAGGAGUAACCCAGGCACAUGUUCAAGUGAGGCCUCUAAUUCUCAAGGCUGUCAGAGGAGCACAACGGCCCAGCAGCAGAGUGUUCAGGACGCAUCAGUUCUUCCUCCUUUGUACCCUAUGGUGCUUGGACUCUUAGUCAAAUACCCUGACUCCGCUCUGGGGCAGCUCCACAUGGAGAGCACCCUAGAUGGGAACAAGCUCUAUGUAUCAGGGAAUGGAGUUCUCUUUCAACAUGUCAUGAAUUGGUUAGGAACUUGCAAACUUCCACUUAUACGAAAUUUGUCUGAACUUCCACAACUUUGCACCUAUUUGGAUCAAAUGGAUCUCAUCUAUGAGCCAAUGAAGGAUGCUUUAAGAAGAUUUCUAAAACAAAAGACACCCACAGACUCCCUGGAAAAAAAUGCCGAGUGGACAGCAGAAAUAACAGCUUUUUCCCUCCAUCAUAUUGUCAAAGUAUAUGUAGGAAGCCACUGGUAUGCCACCUAUUUACAAACACUAUUAAAGUUUCCAGAGUUGUUGUCAAAUUGCAAAAAGGUGUAUUGGAUUGCUUAUGGUCAGAGUCUCCUUAUUCAUGGAGAUGGAAAAAUGUUUCGACAUGUUCUCAACUUCUUAAGACUUGGCAAGUUGUUCUUACCAUCUGAAUUUAAGGAAUGGUCGCUUUUGUGCCAGGAAGUAGUAGAAUACCAGAUCCCUUCUCUGUUGGAGGCGCUUCACCAGUAUGACAUGUACAGAUUAUGGGUACAACAGCGGGAAAUUCAACAUGUAGCUUAUCAAUUUAGAAACCUUGAGUCUCCAAUAUCAGCGAAGGAAGUUGGAUCCAAUGAAGUCCCUCGAGAUCAUUUGCAUAUUGCUGUGGAUUUAGAUCAGUGUGCCAAUAACUGGAAUAUAACUAGAGAACCACAAUAUAUGGAAGAGAGUGAUAGAGAAAAUGCAAAGUACACUAGCAUUUCCCCAAUUAAGGGAGCAAAGCGAAGAAAUCCCUGGGAAACCUACAGGUCCUCCGAUGACUGGGGAAACACCUGCCUUUUCAGACAGCCAGGAAGCCCCCCCAAGAAAAGAGGAGCAAAAGGCACUUUGAGCAAACAGCUGGACAACAGUGAUCCUCCCAUUCAGAAGCUCAUUUCCCUUGUGCGAGGGUGGGACAUGGCCCACUGCAGGUGUUGCGGAGCUCCCCAGGGGCCAGGGGCCAGCGAGGAAUCUAAAAGGAGAGCGCACGGGAGGGUGCCGCCUGCCAGUUGCUUUGGAAUCUCUAGUAACGAUGUGGUCAUCCAAGUUGCACCAAGAGCACAAGGAAAUCUGCCCAGAGCUGGACUUUGCGGGCAGGGCACCACGCCUACCCAGGGCUGGCUUGUAAGGAUGGAUGAACCAGGCAGUUCUGAGGAGAUGCACCCACUAGGGAAAAAUGCUGUCCUUAAGGAACAGAGUGGCCAGAAAGAGAAAGCACAAUUCUCUGCAGGGACAGCCCUUGAAGAAACUGCUACUUGUAGUGAAGCCCUUGACGCAAGGGGCUUGAUUCUUAAGGUCGAGCACCCUCCGAUUGUGCCGGGCGAUGGUUCUUGUGUUUUUCAUGAAGGCAGCAUUCUCUACAGCACAUGUGUUGAAGACUUUACUCUAGCCUGUGCCCUGGCACCACCAGCGGACAAAGAUAUUGUUUUUCUGAGCUUUCCAUUGACACAUGAAGAGAUUUUUUAUGCCCAGAAGUGCCACUGUUUCCUCACUGAUGUCAUCUUGGAUUCCAUAAGACAGAAGGAUCCUAAAGAAACAACUGCCAGAGUAGAGCUUCUGGUCCAGAGGCUGUGGCGGCUGCAGAUCACAGCAAAGGAGUUUGUGGCUGACUUGCUGAAUUCAGCGCCUUUUAAAGCAGAUGGCCAUUCUUACGAGAAGUUACUGAAGUGGCUUGAAUUCACCCUGCCUUUUGCCUGGAAAUACAGCUGCUGCAUUAACUUGCUGAUUAAAAAAGGAUACUUUAAAUCACUCUCACAUUUUGUUAUUGGGAAAUAUUUACAGAACCCUUAAUAAAACUUAAGUCUUGGG